CUGCUCCACUCCAACCAUCCACUCAUCCUGAAUUUGAUAUUUUUGGGCCAGUGGGAAGACGUCUGCUUCUCCAGUGAUGACAGACUCUGCUGUUUAGACAGGAGCUUUUUUCAGUUUUUACAGCUUUGGACCAGAAACCAGAAUUCCCAAAUGGCUGAAGAGAUUCUACUUCCAUCAUCAAGGAAAAUCACCUCGCAGCUGACGGGCUCUCUGUUAGCCGUGGCUUUCUUGACCUCCUUCGGGAGCUCCAUGCUGUAUGGCUACAACCUGGCUGUGGUCAACUCCCCUGCUGCGUACAUCAAGAACUUCUACAACCAAACUGUUUUAACUCGUAAUGGGACAGGACUCAGUGGGGAGACCCUGACGCUCAUGUACUCUCUAACGGUGUCGGUCUUUGCUAUCGGAGGUCUGCUGGGCUCCUUCAUUGUCGGUAUGCUGGUCACUCGCUUUGGAAGGAAGGGGACGAUAGUCAAAACGACCAUUCUGGUAUUCAUCGCUGGCUGCCUCAUGGGUUUCAGCAGAAUCUGUGGGUCACCUGAGAUGGUCAUUUUUGGCCGCUUCAUCACAGGGAUACAUUCAGGGAUCUCCCUCAGUGUGGUACCCAUGUACCUCGGAGAGAUAGCCCCGAAAAACCUAAGAGGAUUCCUUGGUCUUGUUCCAAGUAUCUUCAUAGGGACAGGGGUCUUUGCUGCCCAGAUCCUCGGCCUCCAUGAGCUUCUUGGAAAGGAGGAGUAUUGGCCCCUCUUUCUUUCAGUGGUGGUGGUCCCAACCUUCAUCCAGCUGCUGCUGUUGCCAUGGUUCCCGGAGAGCCCUAGGUACUUGCUGAUUGAAAAAAACAACAUCCAUGCCACAAUCACAGCUCUGAAAUGGUACAGAGCAAAGUGUGACAUCCAGGCUGAAAUUGAAGAGAUGCAAGAGGAACAGCGCUCCCUGCUUUCUGUGGAAACACUGUCGGUGUGGAACCUGUUGCUGGAUGAGUCAGUCCGCUGGCAGGUUCUCAGUGUGAUGGUCAUCAACAUUGGCAUGCAGUUGUCUGGGAUUGAUGCUAUCUGGUUUUACACCAACGACAUCUUUGAAAAUGCAGGUAUCCCAGCUCCGGAGAUCCAGUAUACUACAGCAGGAACAGGAAUCAUAGAGAUCAUUGCUGGACUCAUUGGGUGUUUCACCAUAGAGAAGCUUGGCAGAAGGCAUCUGAUGAUUGGAGGCUUCACCAUGAUGGGGGUCUGCAGCGCUGGAAUCACGUUAGCACUCGUUUUACAGGUGAAGCUACUAUUCAUGCGCUACAUCAGUGUUUGCUGUGUGGUCGGCAUCAUCGCCGGCUUCUGCAUCGGUCCAGUGUUGCUCUCUUCUCUUCUUCUCUCUUUCUCCCUGUGGUUAUCCACCACAUCCAAUCCUCAGAUGUCCGCUGGGGCUUAUUGCUACCUGGUGUUUGCCACAGUUUGUUUCUCCGUGGCUGUCUACGUUUACAUCGUCAUCCCAGAGACCAAAAACAAGACUUUCAUGGAGAUAAGCAGGAUGUUCACCAAGAAGGACUCCAUCCUGGAGACUCAGGGUCUUCUCCAUGUCGACCAGCUGAAGCUAAAGAAGAUGAACGGUUACGGUGGUUUGGAACAUGCGUCCAUAGAGUUUGACAGCUCCUCCUCCGUACCUUAGCUAAGGUUUAAGAGCUGUGACUAAAAGACAUCUGAAGACCACAAUGUGCUCCAUCCACACCUCAUCUGGACUCAGUGGCUCCCUCCCUGGAAAAACACUCAGGUUUAACACAUUGAUUUGAUAUUCAACUCUGGGCUUGGGCCAAUUCAUUUUUAAACCAUUUUUCUUAGUUUUGUGCUGUUUUGUUACGUGUACGUUAAGUGUACAAUAAUAUAAAUCAGUUCUCUAACUCUCUGGUUGUGUUUGCAGUUAUCUUCCAUCUCACUGUUGUAGACAGUUAGCUAGCCUGUGAUAGCUUUCUAUUUGCAGUGACUUUUUGCUAACUGCUUGGAUUAGCUUGCACUGCAGUCCUCCAUAAUGCUUUACAUCAGCCUAAAACCACAAAGUCUAGGCUAAUACACAAAUGGGCUCAGCUUUGCUUUCUUUAACUACCCAUUACCAGCUUUGAAGCAUUCUCUGCCUUAUGAAAUAAUUUUGUGUUUGUUGUAAACUGCUAAUAGUCGUUAAUGAUAAAUCAUACGAAAUCAGAAAGAGAAGCUGCUUGUCUAUAAUUCAUGUUAUUUCUUUUGUUUUCUUGUAAUAACUGGAUAACUGUGUGGUCCUCCAUCUUUGGUCAGUUCUGAAUGUAAUUUACUGGCUAGGUUAGGGGUGUUUAAAACUGAUUGAAGUCUGUGCAAAGAUCUUUAUUGACUGUUCAAAUGAAACAAACUUAAUUAAACCAUAUGCUGGUACUGUA